UCACCUAAAGUAAACAGUAGAAAAGAAACAGCGAUUGACAAAGUGAAAGUAAAACGUCUUGAAAACAAAAACAAAGGCAGCACUUCCUCGACAAAAACCGAAGGCAUCAUGGCAGAAGGACCUGCCAGCCUCAACGAGCCCCUGACUGACCAAUGGGACCUGUGUGAAGAGGCUACUAAAGAACUUGAUUGCCGUACCGUCAGGUUCUUUAGCAAAGUGCCGGGGGACAUUCAAAACCACAUAAAGGACCUAAAGUCCUAUCUGAAUGUACCCCACUUCACCGAAGUGAGCUCGACAGACUGGUGUGAUGUCAUUCUCAACUUCUGCCCAGUGGAUUCUGAUUCUGAUUCUGCUUCUCGCAUUCAGGAGGUCAUCAAAGAGAUUCCAGAUUGCAAACCUGCCAUCUUGGUUUUGAUGCACCACACUUCCGAGCCUGAGUACACGGUGCCAGACAGCAGUGGGUUUGGUAAGGAGGGGGCCGUCCACAUCGUGAACUUCCUGUACCAGGAGGAGGAGGGGCUUCUCAAAUGCCCACAGAACGAUAGGGCACGCACAACAUUCUUAGAGGCCUUAGGAAGUUUUGAACAAUGGGACACUUGUGAAGAUGCAGAGCAUGCUGAGUGCCCAACAGUGCGUUUCCAUAGCAUUGUUCCAGGAACCGUCAAAAAACACGUUGGCAUGUUCAAGGAAAUUUUGGAUGGAAAUCCUGAAGUGACGAAAGUGUCUGGGCCAAAAUGGUCCGAUGUCACAAUGGCAUUCUGUCCCAUCGUAUCACGAGUUGGAACCGAUAUCGAAGCUGCCCUCAAGAACAUUGAAGAUUCGAAGCCCGGUAUCCUGGUUGCAAUGCACCAUACAUUUGACCGGGAGUAUGUCAUACCGAACACCAAGCGUUUUUCAAAGUCGAAGGACGUUCUGAUCGUGGACUGCUUGUUUCAUGAGGACAUGGGCCUCCUACGCUGUAAGGCGAACGACGACGCAUGGCAGGCCAUUCAGACACGCGUGGAGGAGGAAGUCAGGAAGAAGCACUUGGAAGAGGAGCAGAAGAAAGGAAAAUCUGCCCAAACCUCUGAGAAACCAGACAAUGACAAUGCCGAUGACGAUGGCAACCUGACAAUCCUCUGACCUUCAGGAACAGGACUAUGGUUUACUUGACACCGAACUUUACUGAACUUUAAGUUUAUAACAUUUCGCUUUAACUGUUUCAGACAACAAAGAAGGAAGCCACAAUAAACAGCAAUAGGAAAACAUUCAACAAUAUACAGUAUGUAUACGUACUACUUAAUUAUGAAGCCAUCUGUGUGAAGGAUCAAAACUCAAGAUAAGUGUCAAAAUAAAUACAGUACAUGAAUGAAAAACAACUAGACAAAAGCUUUUGAGUUAUAAGUUGUAACUGCAGAAUACACUGGAGAUUACAUGGAUGCUCACCGACAAAAAGAAACGAGCAAAGAAUUCAUUCUGUGAUGAUGAUUAUCCUAUGCCUAUGGCCUAUGGUCCUUAACCACUCUGCCCCCAACCCCAACUCUACCCCCCUCCUCUCCUCUCUCUUUAUUCCCCUGCCUAUUCUCCUUUGUAAAGCGACCUUGGGUUACUUGAAAGGCACUAUAUAAAGCCAAGUUAUUAUUAUUAUUAUUAUUAUUAUUAUUAUUAUUAUUAUUAUUAUUAUUAUUAUACAUUCAACAUGUUAACAGAGCUGUAAUUUAGCAUAUUACAAUGCGUGUGUUUACUUAAUAUAAUUUUAUGUUCUUGACAGUGUCACAGUUAAAUCCAUUACAGAUACAGCAGUUCUGGUAAUUGUCUAUGAUUUAGAAAUUAAGUGUCACUGGAUUUCCAUAUGUUCAUAUGCACUUUAAUUUAUGGCUUAUUUUCAGAACUUGUGUCAAAGAACUAAAGCCGUAACAUGGAAUAUGAUAAGUGAUGAAUAAAGUUGAUGUGAUUGUAUGAAGGGCAAAUCAGCAUUUUAAUUUCACAGUUUUACAAGAUUCAAAUGUAGUAAACUUGACCCGAGCCGAAGAGAAUGUUUAGAAGAAGCCUAGCUAUUAAGACCAUACAGUUGGGCAUUUUACUCACAAAUAAAAAGUUUCAUGUGUUUCUAAAAUGUAUCUGUCACAAUCUUUUAUGCACAUGCACCUGAUUAUAUGCA